AUGAACACUACUAUUUUUAUCGCCGGUAUUCUUAGCUGCUUUUUACUUAUGUUAAGUGUUGCUCAUUCAUUUGCAUUAUCAGGCAAAGAAAAUAAUAAUGACGAUCAUCUUCUCGUUCAUCGACCAUAUGCAAUUUCACCAAAUAAAUAUACGUCAAUCUAUCAAGAUGAAGGUUCAAUGGUAGAUAAUUCCGAUGAAGAUGAUGAUCAUGAGCUUGAAAAACGUCGUUUUAAUGCUUGGGCUGGUAAACGAAAUAUAAUAAGCAAACGACGUUUUAAUGCAUGGGCCGGUCGACGAUAA